GCUGAGUAUGUUCUUUAUGACGAUGUAGGAAGAUUCUACCCCCCUUUCGAACAGAUGAUAUCUGCAAUGCCAGCAGAUUGCCACCACUACCUUGUGACACAGGGUCUAUUGGCAAUUUGACGUGGAACAGACUCACCUUGCGAACCAAGGUCAAUGCCAGCUCGAAUCUGCUGUCGGGAACUAUUGCAACAAGUGAUCAGCUUUAUUCAAGUCAUGAUGUCCCCAGACACCUCAAUGGGAUCAAGUAAUAUUUGUAUUUGCACAGUGCGUUGACGCGACGCGACGCGCAUGACCAAAUCGCGUCGUGUCAGCUUGUUCAUCGGAGCUAUAGGUAGCAUAUCCCUUGGCGUACCCUGGGCUCAGGUCCGGGUAGGGUCCGAGUGCCUCAACUCUGGACCCGUACACGUACAGGUGGCCGUACCCGAGGUGUACUCUUACCCUUACCCACCACGGUACCUGUGCUUUUGCCAUCUCUCACUGUUCUGUACGGCCCAAACCCAUACCAUGUUGCCGAUUAUGCAAUGUAUAGCACCUCGUUCUGAUAUCAUGUCGACUCACAUUUCUACUUCCACAAUCUCAUAGUCUCCCUAGGCAGACCAUAACAGAAUCUCAAGGUACUAUUCAGAUAACAGUUUUCGAAGAUGUCACCUCUCCGACCGGGGAUGAAGAAACUGAACAUGAGCGUUA